CAAAAAUAACGAAAGAAAUCAUGCGUUCCACAAACCGAUAUCUGUCCUGCCUGCUAGCGCUGCUCUGUUGCAGUCUUCCGCAAGUCAAAGCCAUAAUAAACCGGCCACCUGUCGACAGCGUCAGCAAACAUCUAGGCAGCAGCUACCUCAAUCAGCAGCGGCCACUCUGGAUACUGGAGGACCAAGUGCCGCGAAGCGACUAUGCAGAAUUGGUUUACACAACGCCGAGCCCCUACAACUACCACCUACCACAGAUGCAGCAGUUGCAAGCGCUGCGGCACAGCGCGCCACAACUGCAACAAGUGAGUCCGCCAAAUAGAGUACCACAGCUGCAUCAACCAAAGGCGAUGCGCGUGCCACAACCAAUACAGCACAUACGACAGCAAACGCGCGUCACCAAGCAGUCAACGCGCCUGCCACUCCCACGUCGCUACUUGCCGCUGCAACGGUUGCAUUUCCCGCAGCGUCAGCGUCCGUUUUUGGCGCGCAAGAAGCCGCGUUUUAUGACUGGUAAUCCAGUGGCGCCCGCGCCUCGUCGGGAGAAUUACAUACCACGCCUCAGCAUGCCCACAUUCGACAGCAUGCCUGGCGAUGAGAGCGAACGCGCCGCGCCGGUCUUCAUCUACGCGGGACCCAAAGGCGAGCUGAUUUUGAACACCAUGCUCACCGCGCCACAGUAUCCAAUGCAAGAGCCAGUGCCGGGGCAGGUAUUGUACCCACCGAGUGUGCCCGUCUUCCGGCCCAAACCGAUUGUGGAACGCUUCCGCAUGCCGGGCAGUACACAGACUUUGAAUCUCACGCUUAUACCGUUCUACGAACACGAGGCCAUUGAUAUACGUCAGGCGUCGCACAUGUUAAACCCUGAGCAGGCGUUGCCGCGUGAGUCAGCCACUACAGAGCAGGCCACGGUGGUGUACGCUGCGCCGGCUGCCAUGCCUCCAAUUGCGGAUUCGGCGACCGCGGAGUCGGCGCCAACAGCGAAGAAGUUGCGCAUGAAAAAGGGCAAACAUUAUUCGGCGUAUCACUCGCCCAACGAGGUGCAGUGGACGCCAAUGACGAGGGAACAGCUGCGGCUCGUCACAUCGACCACAACGCCCUUUCCGCUGACCGCUCCCAGUCCGCCGCAAAAUCAUCGUUUCAUUAAUGAUAUGGAAGUGUCUUCCACAACACCACCCUCCUUCGCCAACUACAAAAUAACCUACAAAUCGGAAACGGACAGUGUGGAGGAUGAUGUAGAAAAGGACGAGUUGCUAAUGGAUGGCGAUCGGCUGCGCAUCGUAUGUGUCGACGACAGUCUUGAAAGACCGACCGCACCCACAAAAGCGCCACUGCAGAGCUCGCGCUACUCGCUCUCCAAGGAGUACUACGCCUUUCCGGUAUUCACUCUCGGCAAGCUAUUGAAGUCCGAGGCUGAAGGUGCCGAGAAGGAGUUACCCACUUUUAUGAUGCAAAAUACCAUUGAUAGUCCGGUCGAGAACAACAGGAAACAACAGAUGGAAGACGCUAGUGAAAUGCCUAUAAAUAUGACAAGUAAUAAUGUGGGUGCGGAGGAAAGUGAGGAUAGUGAAGCGGAUGAUGUGGAAACUUGGUUCAUACUCAACUCGAGAUACAAAGGACAGCAUAGACAAAACAACAACGAAUACCGGCUCUCUUCGAAAUAUAUACAUACAACAGAUGUGCGAGAACCGGACGAAUGAUUUUGUUCGAAAGCUUUCGUAUAAAGCUUUGGUGGUUUUAAGCGCUAUGUGAAGCUAAUAGUUUUAAUUAUUUAUUUCCUACAAUA